AUGCCCAGUGUCACCAAAAGCAAGGAAGACAUCAAGCAGCUUCUCCAGUCGCUGGACGAGGCGAUCGCCGCUUGGAAGCCGUUGUUGACUCUGGAAGCACAAGAAGAGCCGUCUCUGAAAUCCUCUCAAGUGACCAACCCUUUGGAAGAACUGAGUAAGCUAGGACAGUUGAUACAUGCCCAUACCACAAAAGUGGGUAUUGUCUAUAAACCUCCCAUCUCCCCAGAUAACUUCCAUGCCUGCUUUGUUGAGGUGGAAAGUGUCACCAGGAGCCUGGUGAUGCUUGUGAGCCUGUGCUCUCAGCUAAUUGAAGAAAAAAAGAAGUACUCGACAUUAUAUAUUCAGAAAGUGCUGGACGAAGUCAACGCCUUGCUUGGGACGUUUUCCGUGCUAAACAACGAGCUUGCAGGGCUGCUGGACAUACAGGAUAGCGAUGCUGAUAGCACAAGGCUUGUUUCAGUGGCGAAAAUAUGGGAGAUCUGCGAUAAUCUGUCGUCUCUGGUCCGUUUGGGAGCGAGCGGAGUGCUACGUGCCAAAUUUAAGGAGUCUGCCACACUGCUGGCAGACGGACUGGAAGAAUACGAGGAGUGGCUGGAGUCUCCCAGUGCAGACAACGGGGAUUUCUUCGAGGAGAGCGACGACGAGGACGAGACAGAGCAGAAAGAGGUCGACGCUGAUUUGGUUUCGUAUGGCUCUAAAUGGGUGCAGAAACUUAAACUGAUCAAGUUGCUGUUCACAAGCAUGGACAAGAACAUUGGCAAAACACAACACACAGAAACAAUAUCGUCCAAGCUUGACAGAAUGAACUCAGCAAGGCUAGAGAUCGGUCUCCUGGUAGACGAGUUCAUCUCGGCUAUUAUUUACGAUAUGGACCAGACAGCGGCCCAAAAGUAUGCAUCGCAACUGAUCCAAGCUUGCGUGUCUUUAACGGAAGCUGUUUCCCAGCUGGAGCCCAAAAAGGUGAAGUGGUUUGACACUUGGAAAACGAAAUUCCAGGAAAAUAUAUAA